CCGGGGUUGGCAACCUCCAGGGGGCGCCUGGGCAGGCUAUAGCGGUGUGCUUGGUUGGGGUACAGAGCAGUUGAGAAGUGCUCUCAGCGUGGCCAGAUGCUGCUGCUCCGGUCUCUGCGGCUCACCAUGUCCCUCAGCCUCUUCCGGCGCCUCCUCCUGGCAGUCCUGCUACUGGUGACCAUCUGGACCCUCUUUGGGCCCUCCGGCUUCGGGGAGGAGCUGCUGAGCCUAUCCCUGGCGUCCCUGCUGCCAGCCCCAGCCUCACCGGGGCCGCCCCUGGCCCUGCCCCGCCUCUUGAUUUCCAACCCCCAGGCCUGCGGUGGCCCCGGACCCCCUCCCUUCCUGCUCAUCCUGGUGUGUACGGCCCCGGAGCACCUGAACCAGAGGAACGCCAUUCGGGGGUCUUGGGGCGCCAUCCGCGAGGCCCGGGGUUUCAGGGUGCAGACGCUCUUCCUCCUGGGAGAGCCUGUCGGACAGCACCUCCCCGACCUAGCCUCGGAGUCGGCAGCGCGGGAGGACAUCGUGCAGGCCUCCUUUCAGGAUUCCUACCGCAACCUCACCCUCAAGACCCUCAGCGGGCUGAACUGGGUGGAUAAAUAUUGUCCUAUGGCCCGCUACGUUCUCAAGACGGACGACGACGUGUAUGUCAAUGUCCCAGAGCUGGUGUCAGAGCUGAUCCAGAGAGGGGGCCCUUCAGAGCGAUGGCAGAAGGGCAGGGAGCCACAGGAAGAGCCCACAGCUGUCCACGAGGAGCACAGAGGCCAGACAGUCCCGCUUCUGUAUCUAGGCCGACUGCACUGGAGGGUGAACCCCAUCCGGACACCAGGCUCCCGGCACCAUGUGUCAGAAGAGCUGUGGCCUGAAACCUGGGGUCCUUUCCCACCUUAUGCCUCGGGCACAGGGUACGUGCUGUCCGCCUCUGCUGUGCAGCUCAUUCUGAGGGUGGCCAGCCAGGCGCCGCGUCUACCUCUAGAGGACGUCUUUGUGGGAGUGAGUGCAAGGCGAGGAGGCCUUGCCCCCACACACUGCGUCAAGCUGGCUGGUGCCACCCACUACCCCCUGGACAGGUGCUGUUACGGGAAAUUCCUGAUAACAUCCCACAAGGUGGAUCCCUGGAAAAUGCAGGAAGCCUGGAGGCUGGUGAGCGGACUGGAUGAGCAAAGGACUGAGCCCUUGUGUUCCUGGCUCCAGGGACUCCUGGGGAUCUUGAGGUGCCGGUUCAUAGCCUGGCUCAGCAGCAGCUGAGAGCCAGGGGCCACAGAAGAGCAUCUCAGGGACCUGUGCCCCACAGUCAGUGUGCACAGACUGCAGCUCCUCCCUGUGUGGUCCAUCUCCUCACAGCAGACUCUAACGCCACCCCAGGCAAGGAGAGAGAGACUUGGGGCCUGACACCUCCCGACAGUCAGUCACCCGGGAGGGAUAAACGCAGGAGGGUACCGGGAGACUGCUGUUCUCACCAGCUGGGACAAGAGCAAUAAACUCGUCUCUUCACCCCACAUGCAGGCUGUCACCUGUCUUCACCACGACCCCAGCACACCUGGAGAGCCCGGGGGCUCCAAUGCAGCUGCAUGCAAGUCCAUCUUGGACAGCCACUGGGGAUAAGGCUGAGGCAACCGUAGGUGUGGGGUAGGAAGAGAGGCAGGACAGUGAGCUGAGUCUAGAGUAGCCCCACGAGGAGAAAACAUCUACAGGACAUCCAAACACUCCCCCAACCUUGUUUAUACCCACCCAGCCAGCCAAGGUGAGAUACACAGCACACAGCAUGAGUUCCUACAGAUCUUUUUGAUGUUUUAUUUACAAAUCUGAUUUGUGUGUGUGUGUGUGUGUGUGUGUGUGUGUGUGUGUGUGUACUGUAUGCCACCCUGAAUGCACACUGGCCCAUAUGUACACAGAAAG